UCUGUGCGUUUCUAUGUGUGUUGUGUGAUGACGCGAUGCUCCGCAAGCCUAUAGAGGGAUCGAGGGAGACUGGUAUAGAUGGAGACAUACUGAUAGAGGGAAGGAAGACGUCGUGGCACUAGACCUGUAGUGUAUGGGAAUAUCAAGUAGAGAGAGAAAGAGAUAAAUAUAGCUUCAACAAUUAGAGAGAGAGAGAGUGUGAGCACGGGCUGUGAAUUCGCGGACGACAUGAGAUCUCUACAUAAAUAGUAUAAAAUGUUUUAAGACUCAGCGUUUUGCCUUACACACGUCUUGUCCGAAGACAGUCACUAAAACGGGACUACACAUCAAGUUCAGGUUUAAUACAGUGUCCAGGCAGUAGGGGGCAGCAUGCCUGAGCAGAGUAAUGACUACAGGGUGGUGGUGUUUGGAGCGGGGGGAGUGGGGAAGAGCUCCCUGGUCCUACGCUUCGUUAAAGGCACCUUCAGGGACACCUAUAUUCCCACUGUGGAGGACACCUAUCGGCAGGUGAUCAGCUGUGAUAAGAGUGUGUGUACGCUCCAGAUAACUGAUACAACAGGCAGUCACCAGUUCCCUGCCAUGCAGAGGCUGUCCAUAUCUAAAGGACAUGCCUUCAUACUGGUCUACUCUGUAACCAGCAAACAGUCACUGGAGGAACUCAAACCUAUCUACCAACAGGUGAUAGCCAUAAAGGGGAACAUAGAGGCCAUCCCCAUCAUGUUGGUGGGCAACAAGAGUGAUGAGACCCAGAGAGAGGUGGAGACUAAAGAUGGAGAAGCACAGGCGACCACGUGGAAGUGUGCGUUCAUGGAGACGUCAGCUAAGACCAACCACAACGUGACUGAGUUGUUCCAGGAGCUACUCAACCUGGACAAGAAGAGAAACAUGAGUCUCAACAUCGACGGGAAACGCUCCGGAAAACAGUCCAGAGCCGAGAGACUGAAGGGAAAAUGUAGCGUCAUGUAGAGAGGAGGAGAGGAGGAGAGGAGAGAGGGAUGGAGUGUAGAGGAAGAGAGAGGAGGUAAGGAAGGAAGGAGGUCACAAGGAAGAAGUGAGGAUAGAAGACACACAGAAGAGAGGGAAUGGGAGAGGGAGAGAAGAGAGGGAAAGAGAAGAGCGUGAAUAGACCUCAGGACCACUGUUGGGUUCUAUACCUCUCCCUCAGUAUCCUCCUCUCUCUUCCCCUGUCUGCCUGACCAGGGUCCUAACCCGCCAUACAGUCCCACUGUAGUGAAAAGAUUUGGGGCUUGUCUGAACACGACUCGAACCCGCAACCCUGCAUCUGUCAGCAUCAGUCCAACACCUCAGCCAUUACACCGUGAGGUCCCAACUUCUUGGCGAGGUCACUAGAUGUUACACUAGGGACACUACAACAUAAUGUACAUAUCCUAUGUAUACACGGCCUCCCUCCCGAUCCCCUCUGAAAGAUACAGACAAUAUACCCCCUAACCGUCUCUAACUGUCAUCAUGCAAAAUGGAGAAUCCUCUUAACGCAUCAUUCAAAAUGGAUUCAAAAUGGCUUCUAAAUCAUUAUUUGAACUGGAGAAAUGUCUGACAUCAACAAUCCCUCUAAGACUUUAGCUCCGUGUCAAACAAGGGAAGGACAGUGGUUCACGUCUGACCUGGAAUCCGAGGAAAGGGAUCCUGGGAAAGAAAGACGUGGCAGUUGGACUGAAAUGUUAAGAAGUCUGCCUGGGACACUUGGUAGUUGGACUGAAAUGUUAAGAAGUCUGCCUGGGACACUUGGUAGUUGGACUUUGGUUGGAUGGAUGAUGGACUUGGAAUAUUUGGAGUGGACUUGGUGCAUGUGAAGAGGUAUUAGAUAUGUUCGAGGUGGGAUUUGGGAGAUUGGCUGUGAAAAUCGUAAUUGGACUGGGAAUACUGUGGAUGAUGUCGUUGGGAAUGUUUGCGUCGGUUGGCUUUGGCCCUUGUUUCAUGUGAGGAGCCUUUCUGUUGGCCUUGUGUUUCCCAUGCCAAGCAGCUGAAUCCUCUUCAUACACAGAGAAGCACAGAGAGGAUGGAGUGACGACUACUCAACGGUGGAAAGACACUUGAUUAGUUUAACGCCAUGCAAAUAACAUCACAUUGCACUUUAUAUCACACACACACAAACACACACACGUUUUUUGGAGACCAGUGGUCAAUCACCAAGUGUAUUCCUACAUAGUAUGUAAAUGAAAAAGGAGCGAUAUUAUUAUGUAAAUGUUUUAUAUUAUUUUCGCAGACACCUCUAUUGGUUUAUGUAAAGCAAUAAGGUUGUUUGUCAUAGUACAGAAUAUAGACUCCAGGUGGAAGUUGCCCCUAACCGCAGACCUAGGAUCAGCUUACUCCCCAAAUCAUAACUUUAACCAUUAGGGGGUGAAUGCAAAACGGAUCUUAGAUCAGCAUUUAUGGACAAAGUCAUCCAACUUCUUACUUUACAGGAGAGUUAAAAGCACAAUCAUUUUAUCAAGAUUUUGUUUUACCGUGUUCCGUUAUCUAUAUUUAGAACAGAGGUUGGGGAAGGGGGGAGGAGCUAUCCAGUAGCUCUUAUUCCAGGUGACUUGUAAUGUAAACAGUGUACGGUAUUUAAAUGUCUAUAAAAGGCAUCAUAAGGCUGUGGGUUGGUUGUAUAGCACGGUAUUGUAAUGAAACAGACAGAAGGUUAGUCUGCUUCCCAAAUGGCACCCUAUUCCCUAUAUAGUGCACUACUUUUUGACCAGAGCCCAAAUAGGGUGCCGUUUGAGAUGUGUGUGUGUGUGUGUACAGUGCACUCAGCAGUGUUAGUUUGAAUCAGCACGGACACCUCUACCCCAUCCUCCCACAACCUGUCUCAUUGCAUCUGCCAAAGGCCAAUAUUCACUGUUGUUGCUGCUACUGUGUAUGUGUGUGUGUGUGUGUGUGUGUGUGUGUGUGUGUGUGUGUGUGUUAAUGCAGUUUUAUGAAGUGUCUGUCAGAGGUUCCCUGUGGAGAUGACCCACACAUUCUGCAUGAGUCAGACUGCUCAGGCUCAUGCACACACAAACACACACACACACACACACACACACGUACUGUACA